UUUCGAAAAUUUUCGAAUCUUCGAUUUUCGAUUAUCGAUUCACUUCCGAAUAAUCGUGGCAUUUUGGUGUUAAAUCAAUGACGUCUGUUGGACCUGGACCACCGCAAAAGGAGCUCAUACGAGCACAAAACGGCACCUAUGAAGUGACGAAACCGCUGGCGACGGGCACGUUCGGCUCGAUUUAUAAGGCGAAACGCGAGAGUGACGGAAAGUUUUUUGCGGUCAAAUGCGAGGCGCUGAACAUGAAGAGCUCGCUUCUCCGUCAAAUGUCUGUUGUUCUGGCAUCGAUCCACUAUCCAUCACCAUUCUUCACGACUAUUGAGGAGCGUGGCACGGUUCCAAAUCGUUUUCUCUUUAUUGUGAUGCCAUUGUACGGCGAAAACCUGUUUGACCUGAUGAUGAACACGAACAAGGAUCGCAAGUUCAGCAUGGCGACGGGGCUUCACUUGGCCGAGCAGACCCUCACAGCAAUCCGCGACCUCCACCGGAAUGGAUUCAUUCAUCGCGACAUUAAGCCAUCUCAUUUCUGUAUUGGAAGAGAGGUUGACGGCCAGCAUCAUCAGGUUUACCUGUUGGAUUUUGGGUUGUGCAAGAGACCGAGAUUCGCCAAGAAAAACGAUGAAGCUGAGGAGCAGAUGAGAAAGAAUGCGAUUCACUACAGAGGAGUCGUCAAGUACGCGAGUGUUCAUGCUCACCAGGGGAAAAAUCUCGGCUACAAAGACGACAUGGAGUCCUGGUGGUACAUGGUGCUUGAGUUCUUCCUCGGAGCUCUCCCGUGGGCACUGCUCAACAAGGAAAGCGAACAGGACGUGCUUCACUUGAAACGUCGGAUCACUGCACCAAUGGUCGCGGCAGUUUGGAGAACAACUCCUGAGACCACUGCUGGGUUCUUUGAUCUUCUGACCGUCAUCCGUGAGCCGAAGGAUGUCGCAGAGUUUGUGGAGUACGAUCGUAUCGCUGAUGGAAUUCAGAAGUUGUUUGAGAAGUCGAAGUCGAAUACUCAAGAGCCACCAGAUUGGGAUUGUAUGACGGAUUACAAGGGUCCCGGGUACCAGCAGGUACCGAUGAUUGCACCUCCUGAGGUUGGGCUGAAGCCGGAAAUGGACUUUGGGAAGAGCGAUCCGGGAGCUGGAGGAGGAUCUGUCGAGCAGCCGAAGAAGGAGGAGGUAGACAAGAAGAAAAAGAAGAAGAAGAAAGGUGAUGGAUCGUCGAACAGAAGUGAGAGGGAAAAUAGAUCGGAGAAGAGCCAAAAAAGUCAAAAAUCUAGUCGUAAAAGUGUCAGAGAGAAAAAAGCGCAGAGAAGUCAGAGAAAUGGCCGUAAAUCGAAGGAGAUCAAGAGUGAUGCGGGAAAAUCCCAACGGAGCAAGAGAGCUCGGAAGGCUAAAAAAUAGCAAUUACUCGUCAAUUUUAAAGUUUUACUGGAAAUGAGAAUUACACGAUUGUAUGAAUAAAAUUUUUUGAUUCGAAUU